UAUAUCUCUACUCAUUAAUCACCAUCAAUCUAAAAAAAACAACUUCACCAAUCUUAAAAAUUUUUUCUCAUAUAAAUUACUUAGAAAUAACAACCAACAAAUUCCUUUUUCUUUUUUACACUUUUGUGUCCCUUUCUCCUUUCUCCAUCAAAAUCAAAAAACGAUUUUCACAUUAAGAAAGGAGAAAAGGACAACAAAAAACUUUUAAUUAAUUUAAUAAACACUUGAAACAAUUUACUUGUUGCUGCAAAAUCAAAAUUGAAUUGAAUUGAAUUUUAUAGUAUAAUAUAAUACUAUAAUAGAGUAAUAUUCAAUUGUGUCUAUCCAUACUUUCUUAGCUGAUACAUAUCAUACGUCAACCGUACAACCCAUAUCGUUUAUCUAAUCCAAAUUUCUGACUUUUUUGUUUGAUUUUUUUUCCAUUUUUCGAAUCCCGAUGAUUUUAUUAUAUAUAAAAUUUAUUUAUUUAUGCCAAUUGCAGUGCUAUUAAAUUUAUUGUUUUCAUAACUUGUUGAUUGAUUGGUCCCUCUUUGUGGUGUUCUUAUCCAUAUAGAGAAAGAAGUAAACAUUAUCCUGUUCUUGAGUUCUUUCCUUUUUCUGAGGUUUGGUUUGGCCUUUUUUUUUGAGAAAUUUUAGUGUUUUUUUUUUUUUUGGUGAUUUUUUGAAGCCCUUUUGACAUUGGUUUUGUGGGGUUGCUUAAAAAUUGAAUCUUGAUUUGUGGGGUUUUAUAAAAAUUGAAUCUCGAUGUCAAAAAAUUGAAUCUUGAUGUCAAAAAUUGAAUCUUGAUUUGUGGGGCUGCUUAAAAAUUCAAUCUUGAUUUGUGGGGUGUGUUGAGUUUUGUGUUUUGGCAGUUCUUGUUGGUGUUUGAGCUAAAUUGUAAAGAUUUUGCACAAAGGAAAAAGGCUGAAAAAGGAAAGGUUGGAUUUUUUUUCCUUUGACUUUCCUAAUAGAGAUAUUUCCUUUGAUCUAGUAAGCUCUAUUGCUUGCGCAUAGCCACAUACUUAGCUUGUUAGUUUCUGGUUCAAUCUGAUUCCUUGAAUCUUGUGAAUAAGACUUGUUUUCCCCCUAUUGUCAAAGUAUCAUUAAUUUGUCCUUGAUACUCUGUGCUAGUACAACCUUUGUUGUGCUAAUCUUGUUUAAUUGGUGUACUAUGUGCUAGUACAACCUUUGUUUUGCUAAUCCUGUUUCAAUUGGUAUAGGUUAGAGCCUUAGAUUAUUUAGGAAUCUGUAUACUUGGUUGUCUUAGCAUUUUGCUAGAGAAACCUUUAGGAAUCAGUUCCCUUUCUCCACUGAGAUGGAUAUAAGUAAUGAGGCUACUAUUGACUUGUUUGCAAUUGGACCUUCUACGAUAUUGGGUCGAACAAUCGCCUUUAGAGUCUUGUUCUGUAAAUCAGUUUCGCAGUUGAGGCAUCGCUUGUUUCAUUUCUUGGUAUAUUACUUGUACAAGUUUAAGAAUGGAUUUUCAUACUAUGUGACACCUUUGAUUUCGUGGUUGCACCCUCGGAAUCCACAAGGGAUAUUGGCAUUAGUAACGCUUCUCGCCUUCUUGUUGAGGCGAUAUACCAAUGUGAAAGUCAAAGCUGAGAUGGCUUAUAGGAGGAAGUUUUGGAGGAAUAUGAUGAGAUCUGCCUUGACUUAUGAAGAGUGGGCUCAUGCUGCCAAGAUGCUGGAUAAAGAAACCCCUAAAAUGAAUGAGGCAGAUCUUUAUGACGUAGAAUUAGUUCGAAAUAAACUCCAAGAGCUUCGACAUCGUAGGCAAGAGGGUUCUCUUAGAGAUAUCAUAUUCUGUAUGAGAGCUGACCUUGUAAGGAAUCUUGGUAAUAUGUGCAAUUCAGAACUUCACAAGGGAAGGCUUCAUGUGCCUAAACUUAUUAAGGAAUAUAUCGAUGAGGUUUCAACUCAGUUGAGAAUGGUAUGCGACUCUGAUUCAGAGGAGCUUCUGUUGGAAGAAAAGCUUGCUUUCAUGCAUGAAACAAGGCAUGCCUUUGGUAGGACGGCUUUGCUUUUAAGUGGAGGUGCCUCUCUCGGAGCUUUCCAUGUGGGGGUGGUGAAAACACUUGUAGAACACAAGCUGCUGCCACGGAUAAUUGCUGGUUCAAGUGUCGGAUCGAUUAUAUGCUCCAUAGUAGCGACUCGAUCUUGGCCUGAGCUCCAGAGUUUUUUCGAAGACUCCUGGCACUCCUUACAAUUUUUCGAUCAGUUGGGUGGAAUUUUUACUAUUUUCAAGAGGGUCACGACUCAGGGUGCUGUACAUGAUAUCAGGCAGCUGCAGGUGAUGUUACGUAAUCUCACUAGCAAUCUUACUUUCCAAGAGGCCUAUGACAUGACUGGUAGAGUUCUGGGGAUUACCGUUUGCUCCCCUAGGAAACAUGAACCUCCUAGAUGCUUGAAUUACUUGACUUCACCUCAUGUUGUUAUAUGGAGUGCUGUGACUGCUUCUUGUGCUUUUCCUGGUCUCUUCGAAGCUCAAGAACUAAUGGCAAAGGAUAGAAGUGGAGAUCUUGUUCCAUAUCACCCACCAUUUCACUUGGGACCCGAUGACACUUCUAGUUCAUCUUCUCGUCGGUGGAGGGAUGGUAGCUUGGAGGUUGAUUUGCCAAUGAUGCAGUUAAAGGAGCUCUUCAAUGUCAAUCACUUCAUUGUGAGCCAGGCAAAUCCGCAUAUUGCUCCACUACUGAGGAUCAAGGAGUUUGUAAGAGCUUAUGGAGGCAACUUUGCUGCCAAGCUUGCGCAGCUUGCUGAACUGGAGGUGAAGCACAGAUGCCAUCAGGUGUUAGAACUCGGUUUUCCUUUGGGAGGAAUAGCAAAGCUUUUUGCUCAAGAUUGGGAGGGCGAUGUAACUGUUGUAAUGCCUGCUACUCUAGCUCAGUACUCGAAAAUCAUACAGAACCCUUCUACUCUGGAGUUGCAAAAGGCAGCAAAUCAAGGAAGAAGGUGCACUUGGGAAAAGCUCUCGGCAAUUAAAGCAAACUGUGGAAUUGAGCUUGCGCUUGAUGAAUGUGUUGCGAUUCUGAAUCACAUGCGUAGACUGAAAAGGAGUGCCGAGAGAGCGGCUGCUGCUUCCCACGGCAUGUCUAGCACAGUCAGAUUUAAUGCUUCCAGAAGAAUUCCUUCUUGGAACUGCAUUGCACGAGAGAAUUCAACAGGUUCCCUUGAAGACUUUCUUGCGGACGUAGCUGCUUCACAUCAUCAAGGAGGCAGUGGUUCCGGGACACAUGCCACUAGAAAUUGGCGAACGCAUCGGACCGCACACGAUGGCAGUGACAGUGAGUCCGAAAAUAUGGAUCUCAGCUCUUGGACAAGAUCCGGUGGUCCUUUGAUGAGGACAACAUCUGCUGAUAAGUUUAUCGACUUUGUCCAAAACUUGGAAAUCGGUUCACGAUUGAACAAAGGAUUGAGUAUUGACCUCAACAAUAUUGUUCCUCAGAUGCCUGGUAGGGACCCGUUCUCCCCAAGCCCAAGGGUAGCCACACCACCUGGUAGGGACCCGUUCUCCCCGAGCCCAAGGGUAACAACACCAGACAGAACUUCAGACACCGAAUUUGAUCAAAGAGAUUUCAGUAUUAGGGUCCCCGCGGGCAGUGCAAGCAUUAUGGUAAGCGAAGGCGACCUCCUGCAGCCUGAAAGGACGAACAACGGUAUUGUCUUCAACGUGGUACGAAAAGGAGACUUGACCCCAUCGAACAGAAGCCUCGAUUCAGAAAACAAUAGCUCUGUGCAGGACGCAACUGCUGAGUGCGUGCAAAUGGAAAGUCCAGAAAAGGAGAUGGAUAUUAGCUCAGUAUCCGAGGAUGGUGAGAACGAUGUUGAGAAAGGAAGUAGUAAGACAAAUGAAGUUGACGCGGAUGAUGGUGACGACGACGAUAAACAAGUUAUAGACAAGGAAGUUAUCGAUUCUUGAGAAAGGGAAGUUACGUUUAGCUUUGGUUAUUCUGCACAAAUUCUUUUGUACUUGAUGGAGCUUCUUUCAAAAUGGAUUCUUGAAAGUUUUUACCAUGGAUUGUCAGAGCUAACACAUUCAGAAUUGGUAUUGUAAAUAGAUGAGGUACUAAUUCUGUAAUAAUUGUUUUUAGUGUAACUCAUAACUCUUCUACUAGUUCAUAGUAGUUUAGUUCAAUGAAAAUUCUGUACUUUGGUUUUU